AUGAACACCAUUUCAAUCCAUUUCAAUGGCACCCAUUUCCCGCCGCCCGUCCGUCCGUUUGUCCGUCAGGUGGACUACGAGGAGGUCGCUCCCCCGAGCGACGCCUCGUCGGGUCGUCGCCUCUCAGAGCUCCUCCGCGCGGUGGCGACUCCGCGGCGCGGAGCGGCUCCGCUGCCGCAGAACGGGUUUCUCCAUCGACUGGACGUGCCCAGCAGCGGGCUGAUCCUGGCGGCACGCCAUGUGAGGGCCUUCUAUGACCUGAAGAUGCAACUGGCGCUGGGUGAGAUUCAAAGGGAUUACAUGGUGCUUGGGCAUGGUGCCUCAGCAAGGCAACCAUAG